AUGGCGGUGGUGCGGGCGCUGUUGGCGGCCGCCGCGGUGGCCGCGUGGAUGCUGGGGGUCGCGUCCGGCCCGAUCCCUCCGCCCCGUAGCGCCUCCGUGCUGCUGGAGCCCGGCUCGGGCCGGCUCCGCGUGCUGCCUGGCCGCCAGCCCGCCGCCGUCGCUUGGGCCGAGCUCACCGACCACAUCCAGGCCGUCGGGUGGGCGUUCCUCGAGGUGUCCGCCAACGCGUCCUUCAACGACAGCCUGCAGGCUUACGCCGCGGGGCUGGCCGAGGCCGCCGUCACCGAGCAGCUCAUCUACAUGCACUGGAUGAACACGGCCGUGGGCUACUGCGGGCCCUUCCGCUACGAGACGCAGUACUGCCGCCGGCUGCGGGGAUACCUGGAGGCCAACCUGGCCUGGAUGGAGGAGCAGAUGGGCUCCGGCCGCGACCGUGCCUACUGGCACCAGGUGCGACUGGCGCUACUGCAGCUGCAGGGCUUGGAGGACAGCUACCGCGGGCGCGUGGCCCUCCCCGCCGGCCGCCUCUCCCUCUCGCCCUUCGGCUUCCUUCUGCUGCAGCUGGGGGGGGACCUGGAGGACCUAGAGGCGGCCUUCAACCACUCUGCCCCGCGGCGCCCACUGGGCUCCGGUUCGUGCUCAGCACUGCUCAAGCUGCUGCCAGGCCGCCGGGACCUCCUGGUGGCCCACGACACCUGGGCGCCCUACCAGUCCAUGCUGCGCCUCAUCAAGAAGUACACGCUGCCGUUCCAUGCUGAACCCAGUGGCACCGCCCGCGUCCCGGGCAGCAUCCAGGUGUUCUCCUCCUACCCCGGCACCAUCUUCUCUGGAGAUGACUUCUACAUCCUGAGCAGCAGGCUGGUAAGUGCCGCUUGCAGCCGCGUCCCCCACCGGCCCCGCUCAGUCUUCCUGUCCCCACAGGUUGCACUGGAGACCACCAUCGGGAACAGCAACGAGGCACGCUGGCGGUACCUGCGGCCUCAGGGCAGCGUCCUGGAGUGGCUGCGGAACAUCGUGGCCAACCGGCUGGCCCGCAGCGGUGCUGAGUGGGCUGGCAUCUUCCAGCGCUUCAACAGUGGCACGUACAACAACCAGUGGAUGCUGGUGGACUACAAGGCAUUCUCUCCGGGGCGUGCUGCCCUGCAGCAGGGCCUGCUGACGGUGCUGGAGCAGAUCCCGGGUUUGGUGAUGGUGGCUGAUAAGACAGAGCUGCUGUACCAGCAGGGGUACUGGGCCAGCUACAAUGUGCCGUAUUUUGAGGAGAUCUUCAAUGCCAGCGGGAACCUGGAGCUGGUGCAGAAGUAUGGUGACUGGUUCACCUAUGACAAGAACCCGCGCGCCCAGAUCUUUCGCAGGAACCAGACUCAGGUCCGUGAUGUGGACUCCAUGGUCCGUCUGAUGAGGUCCAACAACUACCUGCAGGACCCGCUGUCACAGUGCCGGGGCUGCGACCCGCCCCACAACGCUGAGAACGCCAUCUCCGCCCGCUCUGACCUCAACCCAGCCAACGGCACCUACCCCUUCGACGCCCUGCGCCAGCGCUGCCAUGGCGGCACUGACACCAAGGUCACCUCCUUUGGCAUGGCCCGCACCUUCGGGCUGGUGGCUGCCAGCGGGCCGACAUGGGAUGAUGUGCCGCCCUUCCGCUGGAGCGCAUCGCCAUGCAGCCACCUGCUGCGCAUGGGCCACCCUGACCUCUGGAGGUUCCCUCCUGUCAAAGUCCGAUGGGACUGAGCCGGACCUCCCCUGAGCCUUUCCCUGUUUCUGCAGGAUGGGGGGCUGCAGGGAACCGCCCCCCGUGUUUUUCUCCCCGUGCUUCUCUCACCAUUUGCUGCUCCUGUGCCCCAUCCGUGCCACCGUGGCUGGGGUCGGUCAGUGGGCUCUGACCCCAGUUCCAAAACCAAGCGCGGAAGGAAGGCCUCCCACAGGGCUCCUCAUUCUGGGAGGCUGUUCCUGGAAGACGGGUUCCAGGAGGUGGGGCUGGCGCUGGGACAGCUGCAUGGUAGGGAGGGGUCAAUGGCCGGGGUUGGUGUAACAAAUAAAACGCUCUGUGUGCAAUGGA